GGGCACUCGGGGGCCGCUGCUGGCCCCGGGCCGAGCGCUGACAGCCGCGUGUGGCCCGCAGGGAAGGCGCAGGAGGCCCUGCAGGAGCGCUACCGAGUGGGUUCGCUGCUGGGGCGCGGCGGAUUCGGCAGCGUCUGCUCGGGGACGCGGCUCUCGGACGGCGCCCCGGUGGCCAUCAAACGCGUGCCGCGGGAUCGCAUCCGGCACUGGGGCGAGCUGCCCGACGGCAGCAGCGCGCCCCUGGAGAUCGUGCUGCUGGCCAAGGUGUCGCCAGGCUGUGCCGGUGUCAUUCAGCUCCUGGAGUGGCUUGAGCUCCCCGACAGCUUCUUGCUGGUGCUGGAGCGUCCGGAGCGGGCCCAGGAGCUCUCGGGUGUCCUGGCGGAGCGGAGGUUCCUGCCGGAGGAGGAGGCGCGGGGGCUGUUCCGCCAGGUGCUGGAGGCCGUGCGGCACUGCACCAGCCGCGGGGUCCUGCACAGGGACAUCAAGCCCGAGAACAUCCUGCUCGACCUGGCCAGCGGGCAGCUGAAACUCAUCGACUUUGGCUGUGGCGCCUUCCUCCAGGACACAGCCUACACGCAGUUUGCAGGAACCCUGUCCUACAGCCCACCCGAGUGGAUCCACCACCAGCGCUACCACGGCGAGGCAGCGACGAUCUGGUCCCUGGGCCUCCUGCUGUACCAGCUGGUCAUGGGCAAGCACCCGUUCAGGAGGGGCCAGGAGAUCAUCUGGGGGCGCAUCUUGUUCCCACCACGGCUCUCUCAAGCGUGCCAGGAUGUCAUUAAGAGGUGUUUGUCCAUGCAGCCCUCAGACAGGCCAUCCUUAGAAGAGCUUUUCUGCCAUCCUUGGGUGCAGGGUGUUCCUCUGCCCUAGAAGAUGGGAGAGAUCCACAUGCACAGUUGGAUCCAGGGGCCUGGCAGGUACCAGCUCCACACAUCUCUUGGCAAUCAGUGCCAGAGCAAACCAGACUGGUUUUGUCCUGCCUGUAGCUCUGAGCAGGGGUCAGCAGAAGGGAACACGCAGCUCUUGGGCUGCAGCUGAGCUGGAGAACUGGUGUGGCAAGCACUGGUGGCCACCAUCCACCCUGGCUUUGCUUGUCUGGUUGACUGACAGCUGGGGCCCUGGGCAGAGCCCUGAGAGCCUGGUCUGGCCCCAGGGAAGGAGAAGGAGCCCCUGGAGAAGCUGUACCAGGUGGGGCUGCUGCUGGAGACACCAAGGACAGCCUCAAGGAUGACAAUCUCUUCCUCGGCCUGGCCAGCUGAAGAUGAUGGACUUGG